GGGCCCACGAUACAGUGUUUUUAUUUCUUGCUUUGUUUCACGUCCAGAAAAUAACAGCAAUGGUGGAUAUUUGAAGAAAUGUCCAUAUCAGAUCGUUCGUGUGACAUUUUCGUAAUAAUUACCGGAUUGAUAUCAGAGCCAAAUCCACAGGAGGGAGGAUGAAGCGGCGCAAUGCGGACUGCAGCAAGCUCCGACGGCCGUUAAAACGGAACCGAAUCACCGAGGGUAUAUAUAGCAGUACCUUCCUGUAUCUGAAGUUUCUGGUGGUGUGGGUGCUGGUGCUGCUGGCAGACUUUGUGUUGGAGUUCAGGUUUGAGUACCUGUGGCCCUUCUGGCUAUUCAUACGCAGUGUCUACGACUCCUUCAGAUACCAGGGGCUGGCGUUCUCAGUGUUCUUUGUGUGUGUGGCGUUUACGUCUGACAUCAUCUGCCUUCUCUUUAUCCCUGUCCAAUGGCUGUUCUUCGCUGCCAGCACCUACGUCUGGGUCCAGUAUGUCUGGCACACAGAGAGAGGAGUGUGUCUACCCACCGUAUCGCUAUGGAUACUGUUUGUGUACAUGGAAGCUGCCAUCCGCUUCAAGGACCUGAAGAACUUCCAUGUGGACCUGUGUCGGCCCUUCGCUGCUCACUGUAUUGGCUACCCGGUGGUGACUCUGGGCUUUGGCUUUAAGAGCUACGUCAGCUACAAGAUGAGACUGAGGAAACAGAAAGAGGUGCAAAAGGAGAAUGAGUUCUACAUGCAGCUCCUACAGCAGGCUCUGCCCCCAGAGCAACAGAUGCUACAGAGACAGGAGAGAGAGGCAGAGGAGGCGGCCAUGGCUAAAGGUGUGUCAUCAGAGGUGGACCCUACCCCGCCGGUUUCCCAAAACGGGUCAACUCCCGGCAAGAAGACCCCCGUUAACGCUUCUGUUCCCUUACCGGAACUGGAGUACCGGGAGAAAGGGAGAGACGGCAACAGCAAGGAACGGGAGGGCAAACAACAACACACAAUAGGAAUCAACAACAACAGUAUCCUCCACACACUGGACUCCACAUUACAGGAGACAGAGUAUAUGGAGAACACGGGGGGGAAGAGACUGAACAACGACCUCAGAGGAGGAGAGAGCACGGGCAACACACACACUCCUAAAGAGGAGGUGGGGGGAACAGGGGGAGGGGGGGGGAAGAACUACAAAAACGCCAGCGGAGGUGGUGUGGCCACCAACUCCUCCCCUCGGAAUCACAGCGCCACCAAUGGGACCGUGCCGUCGUCUGGCUCGUCCAAUAAGAACGAGAAAAAGACAAAGUCUGCGGGGAAAGGAGGAGCCAAUCAGAAGGAUCCCGUGGAGAACUGCAUUCCCAACAAUCAACUGGGCAAGCCGGACGCUCUCGUGCGGUUGGAGCAGGAUGUGAAACGGCUGAAGGCAGACCUGCAGGCGAGCCGUCAGUUGGAGUCAGAUUUACGUUCUCACCUCUCCUCGCUGACCAGCCAGGACAGGAGUCUGCGCUCAGAGCUGGGCCAGCUGCGACAAGACAACGAGAUGCUGCAGAACAAUGCUGACCAGGCCAAGCAAAAGGACAAGCAGACCAUCUCCCAGCUAGAAAAGAGGCUGAAGGCAGAGCAGGAGGCGCGGGCGCUGGCGGAGAAACAGCUGGCUGACGAGAGGAAGAGGAAGAAGAUGGAGGAAGCCACCGCAGCUCGGGCUGUAGCACUAGCCGCAGCCUCCAGGGGGGAGUGUACUGACUCCCUGCGUGGACGGAUCAGAGAGUUGGAGACGGAGUGUAAGAAACUCGGCAUCGACAUGAAACUCAAAGAAGAGCACAUUAGAGAGCUGGAGGGGAAAUGCCAGGAGCUGCGUAAGUACAAGGAGAAUGAGAAGGACAUGGAGGUGUUGAUGUCAGCUCUGUCGGCCAUGCAGGAUAAAACUCAGCACCUAGAGAACAGCCUGUCUGCUGAGACCAGGAUCAAACUAGACCUCUUCUCUGCCCUGGGGGACGCCAAGAGACAGCUGGAGAUCGCACAAGGUCAGAUCCACCAGAGAGACCAGGAGAUAGCAGAGUUGAAGCAGAAGAUAGCUGAAGUGAUGGCUGUGAUGCCCAGUAUCUCCUACAGCAACGACAGCAGUAGCCUCAGCCCUGUUACGCCACACUACUCCUCCAAGUUCAUGGACAAUAGUCCCUCUUCCCUGGAUCCCAACGCUUCUGUCUACCAGCCACUCAAAAAGUGACAGUAGUACACACAUUUAAUACACACUAACACACUUACUCACAAGGCAGCAUACAUAGUUCCAUACACACAUUUUCAUACAUACAAAGAGAAAAACUUUUGGUCAUGUUUUUAGUUGUGUUUUUUGGGAAGUGAUAGGAAAUGUUCUCGGAGGUGUCUAGUACUAGCCUCUCAAAAUGGGACACACCAGACCCAAUUGGUCAUGGGUUUGUUCCCAUGGCGACGCUCUGUUUUUGGAACAGAUGGAGAGGUUGUUUUGUGUGUUGUGUAAAACGACAGUAGGGAAGAUGUUGACGUUUUAGCGAUUGAGCCAUUCUGAUUUAACUGGUAAGAGAGACAUAAAGGGACAUCAGGUUGACAAGGACUGUGUCCAAAAUAACACCCGAUUCCCUAUAUUGACCCGGGCCCAGUGGGAGUUCUCUGAGGGGAGAUGGAGGCAGAUGAGGACUGGCUGGUUAGUUGAUAUGAAUGUUUAGAAAGACUCAUUGCGUUGCUCAGUCACUCUUUCAGUGAUUCAUGCUCUCUCUUCUCCCUCCGUUCUAGUUCAAGUUUUUGACUCGGUGUAUUGCCAAACUUCUCUUGGGUUUUAAAUGAGACAACGGAAACAUUUCAAUUGUUAAAAUGGUACCUUCUGUGAGUUUGAUUAUGAAUGUAAAGUACUUUGUUCAUGUUUUGGUAUUAUUGCCCUAAAGUAUGAUUUUUUUUGUUUUUUAAAACGACACAUUUCAGUUUAGUUAUGAUGACAAUGGUAAUAUCAUCAUAACUAAAUGUACAGAUCGCCAAUUUGUACAUUACUCCAUUUUGAAAAGUGGAACUGACUCCAAACAGCAUCCGGGAUUAUCAAUGAACUCAAACACUCCUGAUUUGUGGCGUUAACUCAAACACUCCGGUCAAGAAAUCCAUAAAUCUCUCAAAAUAGGAUUGUCAAUAAAUAUGACCUGGUACUGUCUAGACUCUAGAGGUUAAGCUAUGUCAUCUGUUUGCUGUGAAACGUACAUAAACCUGUCUCUCCUUUUGGACCAAAUUACAAUCUGUUGUUAGGCCGUAUAACUAAAAACCUACUGGAUUUAAUGAUGUCUAGGUAACACUGACUCAAGUAAACAAUGGAUUUGGUUCAUCCCAUUUUGUAUAGGGAGUAGGAACGACCCUGUCCGCCAAAACAGCUAUUAACUAUGUCUGGAGCCUAAAGUUUUACCUGGCCAGCCCAAGUGGUCAGUAGAACAAACACCAGGCCUUUAUGUCCAAUACUACGGUAGCCCAGAGUGGACAUCUAUCUGUUUACAACCAGGGUUGGGGUCAAUUCCAGUCAAUUCAGGAAGUACACUGACAUUCCAAAUGUACCUUUUUUUUAAUAAGGGAAAAUGUGGAAUUGGAAUUUGGUUAACUCUCUUGAAUUGAAAUGGAAUUGACCCCCGAACCCUGUUUACAACCAUGUACAUUAUUACAUAGCGAUUUAAAUGUUCUCGUAUUUCAGUUCAAAGUGCCACGUUUUGGUGUUUUCUUAAUACCAGCUCCCUCCCCAUUCGUUUAGAUUGAUGUAUCUCCAGCUCGCUUUAGGUUUGGAUCAAACCAUCAGAACAUGGCUACACAUUGUUGUGCUCAUGUAUUUGACAUGUAGUGUUAUGUUGUUUUUUUUGACAUUCAUUGAAAGCAAGUAGAGUGGAUUGGUUAGAUUUGACUCAAUCACUGCACUAUUAUUGUGCUUAUUUAUAUGUUGCAGCCAUUUUUUUUUUUUCUCUCUUAUUAAGUAUUAUGUUUGGAUUUCUCUCAAUCUCUUUGUAGAAUGAGUCCAGAUUUGUUUCUGCUCAUGCCAACUCCUUAUGGAAUUUUCACGCCCCCCCCAAAAAAAGAAAGAAUUGGCGUGACAACUCCAUUGAGUUGGCAAACAGCGCUAAACAGAUCUGAGACCAGGCUAAUCUCUUUCCGACAGGGAUGAUCGUGUGACGUUUUGUAUUUGGGGAAGUUACACCCUGCCCACUGGGCACACACAGGUUGAAUCAACUUUGUUUUCACAUCAUUUCAAUGGAAUUACGUCGAACCAACUGGAAUAGACAUUGAAUGAACUGUGCCCAGCGGGUGAUCAGUUUGCCGUGUUUUCUGCUGUAGGGUGAAGUUGCCCCAUAGACGGUGAUCUUGGGUCAAUGAAAAAAAAAAAAAUCCCCACUAUUGUUAAAAUUAGGAUUAGGGGAGAGGAAGCUGAUCCUGGAUCCUAGAGGAAACUUCAUCCCUGAGCCGUGUUUUCUCAUGUUUCCUACCUGGAAGGUAUUGGUGUGGAUCAUAAUAACGGACUUGUGACUUGUUUUUAAAUAUGUUCUACAUGUUUUAGUGGGAAAGAAAAUAAGUGUUUCGUUUCUCUGUUUUCGUUGUUCCACCAUGUUGUUUUCUCAACGUGAUGAUGAUGAUGUCGGCUGCGUCCAAACUCCUUUCACUUUGGGGCCAUCACCUGGAAUUAAAAAACGAUUUUGCAGGCGA